AUGGUAACUCCACCUCCCGCCUUGGCAGGGCAUUCCAAUGCUUCAUCACCCUUUCUGUUUAGAAAAUCCACCCGAUGUCCAACCUUCAACUCCGCUGCAGCAGCAGCUGCCCUCUUCUUGCCAGCAUGGUUAAUCCAGCAGCCACAUGAACUUUUUACAGCCCACGCCUGCUACUUACAGACGGCGCUGCUCAGAGCCAGGAGAGGCUCUCCAGCAGGGAGAGGGGACGCCACGCUCGGAGCCGGGCUGCCCUCCGGGGCCACCACCACCGCCUUCCUUUCCACAGCAGCCAGGGUAGCUCGGGAAAAGGGACACUAUUCGUCCCGCAGGAUGCCCGGAGCUGCGGAAGGCAGCGGGCUGCUGCCCCAGCGGUACCUCGGCAGCGGCUGGGGGGCAGCGGCCCUGGCCGUGCCGUGCCGGGCCGUGCCGGGUCGGUCCUGGGGUCUGCCCCACGCACCUCGGGCAGCGGCGGCAAGGCGCGCGCGCUUCCGCCUGCCCUCAGGGGGGCCCAGCGGCCCCGCCAGCAGCCUCUGCCCCGGGCCGCACUUCCUCCUGCCCGACACCAACCUGCUCCUGCACCAGAUUGAUAUCCUUGAAGAUCCUGUUAUUAAGAAUGUCAUUGUGCUGCAGACAGUCCUACAAGAAGUCAGGCAUCGGAGUGCACCAGUGUACAAGCGGAUUAGGGACGUGAUUCAAAACCCAGAAAAACAUUUCUAUUCUUUCACCAAUGAGCAUCACAGAGAAACGUACAUAGAGCAGAACCGAGGAGAAAGUUCCAAUGACCGCAAUGACAGAGCCAUUCGGGUAGCAGUGAAAUGGUACAAUGAACACUUGAAGAAAAUAGAGGAUGAGGAAAAGAUUCAAGUUAUCCUUUUAACAAAUGACAGAACUAAUAAAGAGAAAGCUCUGGAGGAAGGAAUAACUGCUUAUACAUGUGAGGAGUAUAUAAAAAGCUUGACAGCUAAUCCUGAGCUUGUAGAUCGUCUUGCUUGUGUAUCUGAUGAAGGGAAAGAAAUAGAAGGUGGAAAAGUAAUAUUCCCAGAACAUAUUCCUCUCAGCAAAUUGCAGCAAGGAAUAAAAUCUGGUAUUUACCUCCAAGGAACUUACAGGGCAAACAGAGAGAAUUACCUUGAAGCUACUGUUUGGGUACAUGGAGAUGCUGAAGAAAACAAAGAGAUAAUUAUACAGGGACUGAAACAUUUAAACCGAGCAAUUCAUGAAGAUGUUGUAGCUGUGGAGCUGUUGGCAAAAGAUGAGUGGGUGGCACCAUCCUCAGUGGUCUUGCAAGAUGAUGGCCAGAAUGAAGAGGACAUUGAAAAUGAAGAGGAGAAAGAAAACAUUCUGAAGACUUCCGUUAACAAGGACAUGCUGAGGCCUACGGGAAGGGUAGUGGGCAUUAUAAAACGAAACUGGCGGCCGUAUUGUGGGAUGCUUUCCAAGUCACAGAUCAAAGAGGCAAGGCGCCAUUUAUUUACACCAGCUGAUCGCAGAAUUCCUCGCAUUCGAAUAGAAACCAGACAAGCAGAUACAUUGGAAGGGCAAAGAAUAAUUGUUGCUAUUGAUGGUUGGCCCAGGAAUUCCAGGUAUCCUAAUGGUCAUUUUGUAAAGAAUUUGGGAAGCGCUGGAGAUAAAGAGACAGAGACAGAAGUUCUUCUGCUUGAACAUGAUGUCCCUCACCAGGCUUUUUCCCAGGCUGUCCUUAGUUUCCUACCAAAAAUGCCAUGGAGCAUUACAGAAGAGGAUAUGAAACACAGAGAGGACUUAAGGCAUCUGACUGUUUGUAGUGUUGAUCCUCCGGGUUGCACAGAUAUUGAUGAUGCAUUACAUUGUAGAGAAAUAGGAAAUGGAAAUCUAGAGGUCGGUGUACAUAUUGCAGAUGUCAGUCAUUUUAUUCGCCCAGGAAAUGCUUUGGAUGAGGAGUCAGUAAAAAGAGGAACAACAGUAUAUCUGUGUGAAAAAAGGAUUGAUAUGGUUCCAGAGCUACUUAGUUCCAACUUAUGCUCUCUGAGAUCUAAUGUGGACAGGCUUGCAUUUUCAUGCAUAUGGGAAAUGAACCAAAAGGCUGAAAUUCUAAAAACCAGAUUUACAAAGAGUAUUAUUAAUUCCAAGGCUUCUCUUACAUAUGCUGAAGCACAGAUGAGAAUUGAUUCAGCAACUAUGAAUGAUGAUAUUACUAUCAGCCUACGUGGACUAAACAAAUUAGCAAAAAUUCUGAAGAAGAAAAGAAUUGAUAAUGGAGCCUUGACACUUGCGUCACCAGAAGUUCGUUUCCACAUGGACAGUGAAACUCAUGAUCCUAUUGAUCUGCAGACUAAGGAGCUCAAAGAGACGAAUUCCAUGGUUGAAGAGUUCAUGUUGCUUGCCAAUAUUUCUGUAGCACAAAAAAUUUAUGAUGAGUUCCCAGAGUUUGCCUUGCUCCGGAAACAUCCCGCUCCUCCCCCAUCAAAUUAUGACAUCCUUGUGAAGGCUGCAAAGUCUAAGAAUUUGGAAAUUAAGACAGAUUCAGCAAAGGCUUUAGCUGAAUCAUUAGACAAAGCUGAAUCUCCUACAUUCCCCUACCUAAAUACACUGCUGCGAAUUUUGACCACUCGCUGCAUGAUGCAAGCUGUUUAUUUCUGCUCGGGAAUGGACAAUGAUUUUCAUCACUAUGGUUUAGCCUCACCUAUUUAUACUCACUUUACCUCACCUAUCAGAAGGUAUGCUGAUAUCAUAGUCCAUCGGCUUUUGGCAGUGGCCAUAGGAGCAGACAGUACUUACCCAGAACUUACAGAUAAACACAAACUGGCAGAGAUGUGUAAAAAUCUCAAUUACCGACAUAAAAUGGCACAAUAUGCACAAAGAGCCUCUGUGGCAUUCCAUACACAGCUAUUCUUCAAAACCAAGGGAGUAGUAAAUGAAGAUGCAUAUAUAUUAUUUGUAAGAAAAAAUGCAAUUGUGGUUCUGAUUCCCAAGUAUGGGUUAGAAGGAACAGUCUUCUUUGAAGAAAAAGAUAAACCAACACCAAAACUGGAGUACAACAGUGAGGUGCCAUCACUUACUGUGGAAGACACAACAUUUCAUGUAUUUGAUAAAGUUAAAGUGAACAUUAUGUUAGAUGAUUCCAACAUCCAACAUCAGAAAAUGCGGAUGGUCUUGGUAGAACCCAAGAUAUCAGGAAAUUACAUGCCUGCAGAGGCAAGCAGCAAGGAUGAACCAGAGAAAAAGAAAAAGAAGCUACAAAAAUAGCUGGAUACAAAAGUUAAGAAGAAAUCACAAGUACUUUCAUUUACAUAUUUUUCCCUAUGGGCAAAAAAUGCUAGAAGCAGGUUUUGUUUACUUUUUAAAUACACAUUUUAAUAAUUUGUAAAGAUUUUUUUUAAAGUUACUAUUUUAUGACUGUGAAUGCAGAGAAAGUUUUAAAAUCAUGUAUAUCUACAUCUUUGUCCUGUGGGUGAAAAUAAAUGUUUCUGCAAAGUGAAGAAAUGGUUGUAGAGUUUCUUGUUAAUAGCCUUAAAGGAAGGUCAGCACUUUUGUGCAUUCUCUUUAGCACCUCAGAACUGAAAGAAGUAAUUGAACAAUACAGGUAUUAAGGAAAUGUCUUUAUUCUGUUUCACUGCUCGAUUUACAGUUAGGCAUGUUAAAGAACUCUUGUUAGAACUACUGAUAUUAAAUUAAUGUAAACAAUGACCGUUUUGUGCAAUGUGUGCCAACCAAUGCAUUUACAACUACAGAAACAGAAUGGUCAAGUGACUUCCAUGGUAAUUUACACAGCAGGUUUCUCUACAAAUCAAUUACACAAACAUAAUAAAAAAAUAGGCAUGUUUUCAUAAAAUAAAUAUUUCCCAUCUAACUGAAGACUACAGAACAGGAUGAAAAAUACAGGCAAUUCAGGUGGGAGCAUCCUUAAUCACUUCUCACAUCCACCCAUUUCUGCUCCUUUUUCUUACCUUUAAGAAAAUGCUAAUAGAGGACAAAAUUAAAUACUUUAGGGAUUGCUUUUUUACUUGUGAGUACUUCAAAAGCUUCAGAUCAGUGAACAUAUUUUAAAAACAAUCAAAAAAUUUAGUCAAAAAGUAAAAUAAAAUCUUAAUUAUACAUGUAACUCAGAAAAAUUCAGAAACAGAUCAUAAUUUGGGCU